AGAAGAAGCCUAACAGGAAGCGUAUGCCAUAACAACGUGCUUUCAUCGAAGUUGCCUGUUUGUAUAUCCACAUUGCUCAAGCUGUUCACUAUUAACGAUGAAGGACACCGAGGAAAAGCAGCAACAGCCUCCCUCCCUCUUUCUGAAAGUCUGCUGUCAAAAUGAAGAGCCGCGUUUUUCACUGCACACCUCCAUCGCCUUGUUUCUCCUUUCCUACUGCGAGUGCAAGUCUUUCAAAGUGUUCCUCGUUUUCACCAAACCUGCCAUCUCCCAGUCACUGAGGAGCCAGCUGCCAGAAGGGUUGGAAGUGUCUGACAUUCAGCUGGAGGAUCUGCCCAAGUUGGUGGAGAGCUGUCGUCUCCCUGCCGUUUUGGAUGAGACUGGGAUGCUCUGCAGAGCAGGGCUGGCGGUGGUCCUGAGACAUAUCAUCAACAAAGCCCUGGAGGCUGAGCCUUCUCGAAAGGAUGUGUUGGCUCUGCUGGGAUUUAAGAAGACCUGUCUGAAGGCUUGUGCUGAGGUGAGCAAGUGGACCAGAUUGUGUGAAAUUGGAAUCCCCUCUGAUGUUGAAGAACACCUAAAAAAUCCCACAAAUCAAUAUCAGCAUCUGCCGCUCUCCAUCCUUACCCUCGAGCGGAGGUUAGCGGAGCCUGUCAAAGUCCACAAUGAUGACAAGAUCCGGAGACAGAAACUCCAAGAGCAGAAACGGAACAAAAAGAAUGAGUCCCCUGAAGGCAAAGAGAAGCCAGGCACUGAGUCCGAGCCCGGACAAUCGCCUCAGGUCAGUCACGGACUUGAGCUCAGGACAGCUCUGGCCAAGCUGUCCGUGGAUUCAGUUCCAACUUUGACCACCAGAGAGAACUCUGAGAUCAGGAAAGUGAAGACCACAGACCUGCCUCAGCUGAAGCAUGUGUUUGCAGAAGGGCUGUACUUCACUCUGACUGAUGUGGUGCUGCUGCCAUGCAUCUACCAGUACUUGUGUUCCCUCCAAGCACAUGCUGCGAGCUCUCUGCAUCAGCUCCCCUACCUGCUGCGUUGGUACAGCUGUGUUCAGGAGGUACCUGGGGUCCUUCGGGCUUCCAAGGAGUGUGGGAUGGCUCUCUCUAUCCCCCAAGUGCUCACGUCCAGCCUCACAGGGCCUUCAGCAGUGGACAUCUCAACUAGCCUAUUGGAGCAAGAAGAAGGCCAGGAGAUGACCGAGCAGCUUCACUUUGUUGGCGGCCCCAGGCCCACACUGACUAAACUUCAAGAAAAUGGCAUUGAGGCAGUGUUCGCCCUUCAUCCUUGCCCUGCCUGGACCCUCCCGUGGGACAGCUUCCCAGAAGCUAUCAACCCCACUGAAGGGAAAAUGUCAAAUAUUCGUGCGGUCAGGAAGAGGCAACAGCUGAACAACUUGGUUGCCAUGGUGAUGGAGUUAGCCAAGCCAGGCUACACCAUUGUGGAUUUCUGCAGUGGAACGGGCCAUCUCGGGAUUGUUCUGGCUCACACACUUCCAGAUUGCCAGGUCAUCCUGAUAGAGAACAAAGAGGAGUCAUUAGUCAGGGCCCAGAGUCGUGGCGUUGAGCUUGGUCUGAAAAACAUUGGCUUCGUUCAGGCUAAUUUGGACUACUACACCGGACCGUUUCACAUCGGGGUCGCUCUCCAUGCAUGCGGCGUGGCAACAGACAUGGUGAUGGAGCAUUGCAUCCAGGCGGGAGCUGCCUUUGUCAUCAGUCCAUGUUGCUAUGGCUUCAUCCAAAAUGCAAUCAAGUUCACCUUCCCCAAAAGCAAAAGGUUCCAAGAGACUCUGACUCAUAAGGAACACAUGAUCCUCUGUCGCUUCGCAGACCAAACUGCCGUCCAGCUCCCUCCUGGGCGGCGACUCAUCGGUAAACAGUGCAUGGGCCUCGUAGACUUGGACCGCUCGUGGGUAGCAGAGACUCACGGCUACUCUGUGCAGGUGAUGACGAUGGAGCCUGAAAGCUGUUCACCGAAGAACAACAUGCUGGUGGGAAGGCUGCCGCACAAGAGUGGACUGGAAGUCGGUGCUAGUCAACAGGAAGCACUGGUGCAUAAUUAGGAGUGCAAAAACAGGGGUGGAUUUGAUAAAGUACCGAGCCUCUGUGGCUCCUGGCUGUGUCAUCAUGGUGUUGAGAAUACAAACUUUUCUUUGAAACCAACUUCAACUUUUUUUUAUGUUUUACAAGCCGAGGAAAAUAAAUGAGAUGUUCGCCUCAUUAUUUCUGAACGAGCUUUUUCCUCAAAAUCUCUUUCAGCGUGAAGGUAAAGGCAAUAGUGCUGUUUUUUUAAUGCGAUAAACUGAUUGCUCUCUGAGAAUUACUCCUCUCCCUUGUUAAAUGCGUGCAAUUAUUGGACUCUUGGUUGUAGUAAAAGCUUGUGCCUCUCACCAACUGCUACGUUAAGUUUGUAUCUUUUCCUAAAAUGUGUGAUCAAGCUGUCAGCGUAAAUAGAAGCAGCAGGAAUUACACACCCACAUUGCAAACACCAUACUUUCAACAUGCUGUUUUGGCAAAUAGUCUGUAUGCGUCUUUCUGUGAUGGAACUGAGUGAGCUAGAUUUUAACAGAGGAAGGAGAAAUUCAGCGGGAACAAGUAAUUUGCACUUAAAGAUCAGAUGGGGAUUUAUCAUCAUCUACCACUCCUGUCUGUGUGUUUGUGAAGUACUAGCAGAGAGAGAGGGGAAUAUAGAGAGAUAUUGGAUUCAUACUCAACAAAUCAGGUACAAUUUAUCAUUGAUCAUAGUCCUACAGAGAAACGGAUUAUACCUCAUAAAGAUUGAAUGUGAAUAUGGUAUGCAUGCAGUAAUAUGUUCAGCAGCAAUGAAUAUUUUAUAACGCUGGCAAAAGAAAGGCCACUGUGCUUGAUUACUUGCACACUAUUCAGGUCCAAGUUGUUGAAAAUUACAAAAUACGCUCCUUAUUUUCAAACCUGCAUACUACACUCAGGUGAAACUGGUCAUCGGUUACAAUGAAACAUCCUGUGUUGUCACCUGUGUCGGUGUAUCGGAGAUGCUCCAGAAGUCAGGAGAGGCAGCCUGAGCGCCCGUUUCCCUACUUACACUGAAGGGAUGGAUGAGAGAGGUGCCGGCUUUCCAGCGUCGAGCUCAUCUGAAUUCAGUCAGCAGACUCGGUCUAUCCUGAGGUGAAUGGCCAGACACGGCUCCUUCAAAGGACUGAAAGCCUUUCAAAAGGAGACGCCUGACUCCCUGAUCAUGUUUGUGGCUCUGCAGAGAGGUGGCAUUAUUUAAAACGUGCAUGAUAGAUAGAAAUAGGUGUGAAGUUUGUUGAUUCAACUUGAGCACCUCCGGCUGGAAGGUGACUAAACAAGAUUCUUUGUUUAGAUAAAAUAGUGAAGAUAUCUGAGCUUAUUUUUAUGAAAAUGCAGAGCGGUUAUUCAAUGAUGGUCAACCUUGUGAAGCCAUACCUUAAGUACAUGAUACUUUGGACUGCAUGCGUGUUAUUAUUGUGUAUUAACUGAUUGACAUCAAUUGAAAAGUUGACAAGAUGUGACCUGUACCUGAAACUAAUUUUUUUGUGGAGCAAACGUAUUUUGUCACUGAACCAAAACCUGUAUGCAUACUAGUCAUUUUAGCUUUUGUUUCUUGUUUUUCUUGUUUUAUUAACUUCAGUUAUUACUUGUAAUUAAACCUCAGUUUGUUGCUCCAUA